ACCCUUGGAUGGGGUGGGGUGGUGAGAUUGAGGAAAUGACAAGGAAUGAGAGGAUGUAUUCCAAAAUCUGCAUAGAGACUAAAGAAAAGUCCAUAAUAUCAGACUCUACUUAGCCGUAAUUCUUUUCUGUCUUUUUAUGGUUCAUUUCUAUAUAUAUAUGUACUUCAAGUUAGGACAAUCCCUUUUAUAUAUGUUUUGAUGAUGGAAUAUUUCUCAAUGAUGAAAAAGAGGAGUUCUCAUAAAAUAGGGGUUAGACAAUACAAGAAAUCAUCAGUUCCUCGUCUUAGGUGGACACCUGAACUUCAUGAACUCUUCAUUGACGCUGUUCAACUUCUUGGAGGAGGACAUAAAGCAACUCCAAAGAGAAUUCAACAGAUGAUGGAAGUAAAGGGAUUGACGAUUUCUCAUGUUAAAAGCCAUCUCCAGAUGUACAGAAACUUGAAGGAACGAGCCAGCCCAAAUAUUGUAAGCUCUGUCAACAACUUUCUUGAAGAGAGGCCACAGUUCUCUUGGUCUUUCCCACGGUAAGCCUGUCAAACAGGCCGGGCUGACCCGGCCCGGUUCGGCUCAGCCCAACCCAACUCACUAAGCAAAUCCGGCUUGGUAUCAUUCGGCCCGGUCAGCCCACGAGCUGUAGGGUAUUGAGUCUCGGAUUGGGUUAUUUUUUGAUUUGGGCCCUGUAACCCGGCUCGGACCAAAUCUGAUCCGGGCCCGCCGGUUAACUGGCCUGGAAUCAGCUCGAAUAUUUUUUUUUUUUAAAUUAAACAUUUAGAUUAAAAAUUUAGUUUUAAUAUAUUAUUAAUUCACUAUCAAGUAUUAUUAAUUUAUUAUAUUAAGUAACAUAUGUUUUACAUU